UCACCUAUAGAAAUCAGUGCUUUAAAAGACAAACUGGGCUCAGAUUAUUUACAUCACAAACAAUAUAUAGAGAAUUCUUUAUUUUCAUAUGGUGUAUAACUCACAUUUACCUCGCAAUGUGGAGUAUCUCCGAGUUAUUUUUCCUAUUCUUGGGGACUCUGUUGAUAAUCAGUUAUUUGAAAGUACUAUGGACUUCGAGAAGUCUCCCCCCUGGGCCAGUUCCAUUGCCUUUGAUUGGAAACUUGUGGACACUGAAAUUCCAGUUUAAUCCAGAGAGGAUAACACAACUCUCUAGGCUCUAUGGGAAGAUCUAUACUGUGUGGCUUGGAGAUUCUCCUCUUGUGGUCCUGAAUGGCUGGAGAGCAGUGAAAGAUGGUAUUGUCUCUCAUUCUGAGGAGCUGUCUGGGCGCCCUGUAGCCAGCUAUCUAAAGGAUCUUCUAGGUGGAGGAGGCAUUUUGAUGUCCAAUGGACAUGUGUGGAAACAACAGAGGCGUUUUGGACUGAUGACUCUGCGGAAUUUGGGACUUGGAAAACGUGGACUAGAGUCUCGGAUACAAGAUGAAGCUCAGUAUAUGAUAGAGUCUUUUAGAGCCCAAAAAGGAGCCUCAUUUGACCCCUGUGAGAUUAUUACUGCUACUGUUGCAAAUGUAAUAUCUGCUGUGACUUAUGGACAUCGUUUUUCUGUUGAUGACGUUAUAUAUCAAGAACUGAUCAAAAGCAAUCAUGGUCUUUUGGAAGGUGGAAGCUCGGUUUGGGCAAAGAUGUAUGAUGUUUUUCCCUGGCUGAUGAAACAUGUGCCAGGUCCACACCAGACUGCUUUUGCCAAAAUGAAAUAUCUGAGACAGUUUACAGUAAAAGAGAUUCAGACCCAUAAGGAAAAUGGAUCACUGGAGGAACCUCAAGAUUUCAUUGACUAUUAUUUGGACCAGAUUGAAAAAAGCAGAGAAGAUGCAUUUGCAUUUGCAGAGGAAAAUCUGAUUUCAACAAUCGCAGAUCUUUUUCUUGCUGGAAUAGAAACUACAACCACCACCCUGCAAUGGGCUCUGCUUUACAUGGUGGCUUAUCCUCAUAUACAAGAAAAAGUACAUGAGGAACUGGAUAGUGUUCUUGAUGGAUCCAAACUAGUCUGUUAUGAAGACCGGAAGAGGCUUCCAUACACCAAUGCUGUAAUCCAUGAAAUCCAGCGGUAUGCCAAUAUUGCAGCUGUAGGCAUUCCAAGGACAUGUGUGAAAGAAGUUAAUCUCUAUUCAUACUCUUUGAAGAAGGAUACAAUGGUGCUUGCCAAUUUGGACUCUGUGCUUUUUGAUCCCCAGUAUUGGAAGACACCGAAUCAAUUCAACCCAAAUAAUUUCUUGGAUAAAGAUGGGAAUUUUGUAACAAAUGAAGCUUUUUUACCUUUCUCUGGAGGUGCCCGGGUGUGUCUUGGGGAGCAACUUGCCCGUUAUGAACUAUUUAUCUUCUUCACCGCUCUCAUGCGAUCAUUCAGAUAUCAUCUCCCAGAAGGUGUAACCGAGGUCAACACAAAAUACAUCUACAAGCUCACUUUACAACCCCACCCUUACAAGAUCUGUGCUGUGCCGUGUUAGCUUGCUGCACCUGUUAUACUCUGUAUUGUUUACUCAAUGUCAAGAUCAAUUUACAGCCCUUGUUUUCUUUAAGUUUGUGUCAUUGUUUUAAUUUGAUUACAAUUAUUACUACUA